AUGUCCCGACUUUUGCUGCAGUGCCGCAGCACUUUGCUGAUUCUUCGCCAUCAAACAGCCGUGGAAAAUGAGAAGGGACUCUUCAGCAAGCUCCUGGAGAAGUGCCAGUCCUUCCGGAAGGAGGAAAAGGAUGUGCCCGAGGAGGAGGAAUCAAAGAGGUCAUAGGUACAAUAUUUAACUUAAGCCAAAAUAAUUGAAUUCGGCUAAUAGGCUAUGCCAGAAGUCGACUCUUUCCCGCACAAGAUCAUAUAAUGGCCAACAAAUUACCAUAUUGUUGCCGAGGGCCCAACAUGAAUCGGGUCCAUUUUACGGGCAGAUCAUAAAACGGAACGUGCACAGACAUUAUAAAGCCAUAAAGCAUCAACUAAAAUCUGGGCAAAAAUAGCUUUAGGAAAAUAGGCAAUGCCCAGACUUAGACAAGUGAUAUAACAUCCAUUCCAUGCCUCGUUUACGAUGUCUUAACCCAUGGCGAUUCAAAAGGCGGUGGAUAGAAGAGCAAAAAUACAAGAUUGACCAAACGUAUCAAAAUUUAAAGCGGAAACAAUUGCUAGAUAAAAGAAACGGUUUUGAA